UAAGAAUGGGUAGCUUUAAUAACAGCAUUUCCAAAAGAAGGAAGCAGCUGAGCGGGGAGGAUAAGUGGAAGAAUAUGCUAGACCCGCUAAACAUCGAUCUCCGGCGAUAUAUUAUUCACUACGGCCAAAUGGCUCAGGCAACAUACGAUGCUUUCAACUCAGAGAAGGUGUCAAAGUAUGCCGGAAGCAGCCGGUAUGGGCCGUCGGAUUUAUUUUCCAUGGUGGGCUUGGAGAUGGGCAAUCCAUACAAGUACGAGGUGACUAAGUUUCUCUACGCCACAUCCUCUGUGGGCGUGCCAGGUGCUUUCAUAUUGAAGUCUUUGUCAAGGGAGGCAUGGUGUAAGGAAUCUAAUUGGAUAGGUUAUGUUGCUGUGACCACUGAUGAAGGGAAGGAAGUUUUGGGAAGGAGAGACAUUGUGGUUGCAUGGAGAGGAACUGUGCAGCCUUUGGAAUGGUUUAACGACUUGAACUUCAUCUUGGUCUCUGCUAACACCAUAUUUGGGCCGGAUUCCGGCGAUGCCAAAGUGCAUCAGGGCUGGUACUCCAUGUAUACUUCCGAUGAUCCACAAUCCCAUUACAAUAAGUCCAGUGCAAGAGAUCAGGUAUUGAAUGAGGUGAGAAGACUAGUAGAAAAAUUCAAGGGGGAAGAGAUCAGCAUAACUAUAACAGGUCAUAGCUUGGGAGCAGCUCUUGCAACACUAAAUGCAGCAGACAUAGUUGCCAAUGGAGUGAACAAGCCCAAGGACCAACCCAACAAUGCCUGCCUAGUGACUGCUUUCGUCUUCGCCAGCCCUCAUGUUGGAGAUGCCAACUUCCAAAAGUUCUUCUCCGGAUUAGAUGAACUCCGACUGUUGCGCAUUCGCAACAACCCCGAUUUCGUCCCCAACUACCCGCUCUUGGGCUAUUCCGAUGUUGGACAAGAACUGGUGAUCAACACUCUGAAGUCUAAUUACUUGAAGAGUCCUGGAAAUUUUUUAAGUUGGCAUAGCUUGCAGGCGUACUUGCAUGGUGUUGCUGGCACACAAGGGGCCACAGGAGGUUUCAAGCUGGAAAUUGAUCUUGAUAUAGCACUUGUGAACAAGUCCAUGGAUGGGUUGAAAGAUGAAUAUCUUGUGCCUAUUUCAUGGUGGGUUGAGAAGAAUAAGGGAAUGGUUCAAGUUGCUAAUGGUUCUUGGGAAUUAAUGGACCAUCAGGGAGACAUUGAUUUUGGGCUUUGAGUAUUCAUCUGAUAUGGUC